AUGCCUGCCGUACCUUGGUUCUCUGCUCUUUUGCUCGUGUUGGUAGCUCGUCAGGCUGCGUCCUUGCCUCUCGAAGCUCAACAGCACAGUCCGCUGCACGGGCGAGAUUCCGUAAAGUGCAGCUCGCUCAAGCAACGAGUCAACUGGAACUCCCUAUCCGCGGCCCAAAAGCAGUCGUAUUUCGACGCGGUCAAGUGCCUCAAGACCAAGCCUUCUCAGACAGCUAUCAGCGCCUCCCAAAGUCUCUACGACGACUUUCCAUCCAUUCAUAUCCAGCAGAACCACAACAUCCACUCUGUUGCAGCCUUCCUGCCUUGGCAUCGCCGCUUCGUACAGGCUCGCGAGAAAGCGCUUCAAUCAUGCGGAUACACCGGCCCAACGCCCUAUUGGGACUGGACCAAGGCAGCCGACACGGGCAAUCCGAAGAUCGACCCCAUUUUCUCACCUGACGAUGGCUUUGGUGGAAGCGGCGAUCCCGAAAGCCCCAACACUGUAACGCAAGGUCCCUUUAGCAAUUUCGCCCUCGACAUAAUGCCGGGCGACGAUGACGAACCUUACAGCGACCCACACAUGCUCCGACGCAACUUCGAGAACAACCCUUACCUCAUCGGCAAUUUCAACUCCACCGCCGUCCAAAAGGGACAAGCGAUCGCUGCCUUCAACGACUAUCGCUACUAUGUAGAAGGGAUACCUCACGGCGCCGUGCACCAGUACAUUGCUGGCGACAUGGGUCCAGCCUCCUCACCCAAUGAGCCGCUCUUCUUCCUCCACCACGCCCAGAUCGAUCGACUCUGGGCCUUGUGGCAAGACGAGGAUGUCAAACGUCUCAACGACUAUGCGGGCAAUCUUCCAGGCGCCAGCACCCGUGACGGGCCCUUCCAGGCCACCAUCGACGAUAUGCUGCCCUCUUUUGGCAAUCUAAUCGAUCAAGUCUCGGUCCGCAACGUUAUGGACACUCGGGCCGGUGACUUGUGCUACGAAUACGUUUGA